GCUCUCGCCAUGCAUAAGAGGCAGCGUUCGGCCCUGUAGCAGAUCGCCUGUUCUUUCCCGGGGAGUCCGCCAUAGUUGGUGCACGUAUAAUUCGGACUGGGCCGUCGGCAAUCGAACAACAUCCAAAAUGGUGAACUUUACGGUAGACGAGAUCCGUGCCAUGAUGGACAAGAAGAAGAACAUCAGAAACAUGUCCGUCAUCGCGCACGUCGAUCACGGAAAGUCAACUCUGACCGACUCCCUUGUAUCCAAAGCCGGCAUCAUUGCUGGCGCCAAGGCUGGUGAGACCCGGUUUACUGAUACGCGCAAGGAUGAGCAGGAACGUUGUAUCACUAUCAAGUCCACCGCUAUUUCCAUGUACUUCGAGCUCGAUGAGAAGGAUUUAGUCUUCAUUGUAAAUCCCGAUCAACGUGACAAGGACGAGAAGGGCUUUUUAAUUAAUCUGAUCGACUCGCCCGGACACGUAGACUUUUCCAGUGAAGUGACAGCUGCCCUCCGCGUCACCGACGGAGCUCUCGUCGUCGUCGAUUGCGUAUCUGGUGUAUGCGUACAAACCGAAACUGUGCUGCGCCAGGCUAUUGCCGAGCGCAUCAAGCCCGUUUUGUUCAUGAACAAGAUGGAUCGCGCGCUGCUGGAGCUUCAGCUCGACAGCGAGGAUCUCUAUCAAACCUUCCAGCGUAUCGUCGAAAACGUGAACGUCAUCAUCGCGACGUACUCCGACGAUGACGGUCCCAUGGGCGAAGUUAGAGUAGAUCCCAGCAAGGGCUCCGUAGGCUUCGGCUCCGGUCUUCACGGUUGGGCCUUCACUCUGAAACAAUUCUCCGAGAUGUACGCCGAGAAGUUCAAGAUUGACGUGGUGAAGCUGAUGAACAGACUGUGGGGCGAGUCGUUCUUCAAUCCGAAAACCAAGAAGUGGAGCAAACAGAAGGAGGUCGAUAACAAACGAUCCUUCUGCAUGUACGUCUUAGAUCCAAUUUACAAGGUGUUCGAUAGUAUUAUGAAUUACAAGAAAGAGGAGGCAGACAACCUGCUGAAGAAACUGGGCAUCGUGCUGAAGCCCGAGGACAAGGACAAGGACGGAAAGGCUCUGCUGAAGGUUGUCAUGAGAACGUGGCUGCCCGCUGGUGAGGCUCUGCUGCAGAUGAUUGCCAUCCAUCUGCCGUCUCCCGUAACCGCUCAAAAGUACCGUAUGGAGAUGCUGUACGAAGGACCGCUCGACGACGAGGCUGCCAUUGGAAUCAAGAACUGCGAUCCGAACGGACCGCUGAUGAUGUACGUCUCGAAGAUGGUACCGACCUCCGACAAGGGACGCUUCUACGCCUUCGGCCGAGUGUUCUCGGGCAAGGUGUGCACCGGCAUGAAGGCUCGCAUCAUGGGGCCCAACUUCCAGCCGGGCAAGAAGGAGGAUCUCUACGAGAAGGCUAUUCAGCGUACGAUCCUGAUGAUGGGCCGCUACGUCGAAGCCAUCGAGGAUGUGCCUUCUGGAAAUAUUUGCGGUCUUGUCGGCGUCGACCAAUUCCUGGUCAAGACUGGUACCAUCACGACAUUCAAGGACGCGCAUAACAUGAAGGUCAUGAAGUUCUCUGUCUCGCCCGUCGUGCGUGUCGCCGUUGAGCCGAAGAAUCCCGCGGAUCUGCCAAAACUGGUCGAAGGUCUCAAACGUCUGGCGAAAUCUGACCCUAUGGUGCAGUGUAUUAUCGAGGAGUCUGGCGAGCAUAUCAUCGCCGGCGCUGGCGAGUUGCAUCUCGAGAUCUGUCUGAAAGACUUGGAGGAGGAUCACGCGUGCAUCCCGAUCAAGAAGUCCGAUCCCGUCGUAUCGUACAGAGAAACCAUCUCGGAACAGUCGAAUCAGAUGUGUCUGUCGAAAUCACCGAACAAGCACAAUCGUCUGUUCAUGAUGGCUUGCCCAAUGCCCGACGGUCUCGCUGAGGACAUUGACAGCGGUGAGGUGAACCCGCGAGACGACUUCAAGGUGCGCGCGCGUUACUUGAACGAGAAGUACGAUUAUGACGUGACGGAAGCGAGGAAAAUCUGGUGCUUCGGGCCGGACGGCAGCGGACCCAACAUACUGGUUGACUGCACCAAGGGUGUACAGUACCUCAACGAGAUCAAGGAUUCAGUGGUGGCUGGAUUCCAGUGGGCCACAAAAGAGGGUGUUCUCUCGGAGGAGAACUUGCGAGGCGUGCGCUUCAACAUUCAUGACGUCACGUUACACGCCGACGCGAUCCACAGAGGUGGCGGCCAGAUUAUCCCUACCACAAGACGUUGCCUUUAUGCCUGUCUGCUCACUGCCUCACCCCGAAUUAUGGAACCCGUUUACUUGUGUGAAAUCCAGUGCCCGGAGGUGGCGGUUGGCGGUAUCUACGGUGUGCUGAACCGCAGAAGAGGUCAUGUGUUCGAGGAACAGCAAGUGGCGGGUACUCCCAUGUUCGUAGUUAAGGCUUACCUUCCUGUAAACGAAUCCUUCGGCUUCACCGCCGACCUGCGUUCCAACACCGGUGGUCAGGCGUUCCCGCAGUGCGUGUUCGAUCACUGGCAGAUCCUGCCGGGCGAUCCAAUGGAAGCCAGCACUCGACCAUACCAAGUCGUGCAGGAUACACGUAAGAGGAAGGGAUUGAAGGAGGGUCUCCCAGAUUUGAACGCAUACCUUGAUAAAUUGUAACCUCAAGUCCGCGCACCAUAUUUAAAUACCUAUUUAAAUAUUGUAAUUCGAUUAAAGGAAACGAAGUAUCGCUGGAGCUACUGUACGCAAUCACGAACAUCGGUUUAUCUGUGAAACUUUGUUUUUUGCGCAAUGAUCCGCGAGAGAGACACAAUUAUAAAUACGAACAAGAGGAUAAUAAAAUGUGAUUAUUACACGGAAAAGAAAAGGGAAAAAGAAAACAAAUGUGCGGACGCGUGACUGCAUGUGCGAGGGUGCCGAACGGGCGGGUAUAAAUAUAUUUUGUACGUUUAUUUAAUCGAGGAACCGCAACAAAGAUCGCGUGACCGGUUGCUUACGUUUUUUAGCAUGUUUAGCAUAUUGGGUGAAGAGCCACGGUUGUUAUUCAUACUACCUGGCGUGGAUUGCGCCAGCGUCUUGUUUAAAUGAUGAGAAAGAUGAGGAAGAGGAAGAAGAAGAAAAAACGAUUCUGUAUAAUUCGUUUACAUUGCUUCUUUUUUACUGCAAUUUAGUAGAUUACGUUUACGUUGAGGACAACUUCUCGAUUCCGGACGCGAACGAUCCCCCUGAAACUUACUAAUCUAAAGAGGAAGAAUCGUCACACAACAAUGUACUCGUACUACGAAAAUAUCAAGGAAUUAAAGAUGAAAUUACAAAACAAAAA